AGUUCUUUCCCCUCUUCAAUUUACCGGACGUGAUAUCAUACAAUACUUGUCAGGUGUCCAUAACACAAUAAUAUUUUACUUGUGAAGAUUUCAUGCACAAAAACUUCAAUAAAUGAUGAACGUAUUAAAGGCGGUUAGCACGCCAGUUCCCAAACGGCUGCGAGACCUCAUAAGAGAAAUCAGAUCAUCUAGAACAGCAGCAGAUGAAAGAGCUGUUGUAAAUAAAGAAUGCGCCACCAUUCGAGAUUCUUUCAGAGAUCAAGAUAAUACCUACCGCUGUCGUAAUGUUGCUAAGCUUCUUUACAUCCAUAUGCUUGGAUAUCCUGCUCAUUUUGGACAGCUUGAGUGUAUGAAGCUUAUUGCAUCUCCCAAGUUUACUGAUAAAAGAAUUGGGUAUCUUGGUGCUAUGUUACUUUUGGAUGAGAGGCAAGAUGUCCAUCUCCUUAUAACCAAUUCUUUAAAAAAUGAUCUCAAUCAUCAAACACAGUACAUUCAAAGCCUUGCACUGUGCACUCUUGGGGCAAUAUGUUCCACUGAAAUGAGUAGGGACUUGGCAGGGGAAGUAGAGAAGAUGAUUAAAUCUUCCAACGCCUAUAUAAAGAAGAAGGCAAUUCUUUGUGCAUUUGGCAUCAUUCGAAAAGUUCCAGACCUCAUGGAAAUGUACAUUCCAGCCACAAGGUCGUUACUGAAUGAGAAAAAUCAUGGUGUCCUAUUGACUGCAGUGUGUCUCAUAACUGAAAUGAGUGAAAAAAGUCCAGACACCCUACAUCACUUUAGAAAAGUAUGUCUUGUCCCCCAGCUGGUGAGAAUACUAAAGAACUUGAUAAUGGCUGGAUAUUCUCCUGAACAUGAUGUAUCAGGUGUCAGUGACCCAUUUCUGCAAGUAAAAAUUUUGAGAUUGUUGCGCAUUUUGGGCCACAAUGAUGCUGAGGCUAGUGAGACAAUGAAUGAUAUAUUAGCUCAGGUAGCAACCAACACAGAUACCAGUAAAAAUGUAGGUCAUGCAAUUCUCUAUGAAAUUGUGCUCACCAUCAUGGGGAUACAGUCUGAAGCUGGACUAAGAGUUCUUGCUGUCAACAUUCUUGGUCGAUUCCUAUUGAACAAUGACAAAAACAUCAGAUAUGUGGCAUUGAAUACAUUGUUACGUGUUGUGAAUGCUGACUAUAAUGCUGUACAGAGACACAGAACUACAAUUGUUGAUUGCCUUAAAGACCCAGAUGUGUCCAUUCGAAGGCGUGCUAUAGAAUUGUCCUUUGCCCUAAUUAAUCACAAUAAUAUUCGUGGGAUGAUGAAAGAAUUACUCUUAUUUCUUGAGACCUGUGAUCCUGAGUUUAAAUCUGAUUGUUGCUCCAACAUAGUGAUGGCAGCUUCAAAAUAUUCACCAAAUAAACGAUGGCACAUCGAUACAGUUUUAAAAGUUUUAACAACAGCAGGUAAUUACAUCAAAGGGGAUGUAGUCACAAUAGCUAUCCAGCUGGUGUCUGAAACAUCUAGUCUUCACGCCUAUUCAGUGCAGCAGUUGUAUAGAGCCCUCUACAGUGACAUCACACAACAACCUCUGGCUCAGGUAGCUGCCUGGUGUAUUGGGGAAUAUGGUGAGCUACUGAACACUCCUAGUGGUGAAGAUGAAGAGCCAUUACAUGUGACUGAAGAUGAAGUGAUAACAUUAUUAGAAAGAGUUUUAUCCAAUAACAACUCAGCAGUUGUUACUAAAGAAUAUGUCAUUACUGCAUUGAUGAAAUUGUCUUCAAGAUUCCCUGCCAGUACUCUUCGUCUGAAACAAAUCAUUGCAAUCUAUGGUUCAAGUACAAAUGUUGAACUUCAGCAGCGAUCCGUGGAAUACACUAAUGUAUUUAGCAAAUUUGAUCAUAUUAGGUCAGCUCUGUUAGAGCAUAUGCCUUUAAUAGAAGCUCACCCACACAGUUUAGAUGUGAGCUAUCAGGAGAAGAAUGAUUACUCAAGUCUUCUUUCUGAGUCAGUGUCCAGACCUGCUCAAGAGAAUGUUUUAUCAACACUGCCUACAGAGAAUGGUUUAUUCGACUUGAUAUCCUCCAAUGGUAUACAGCCUGCACCUCAUGUUGAGACUGGUAAAGGAGGAAUUGCCGCUGACCUACUAGAUCUUCUUGGUGAUAUGCCUCCUGUACAAAACACAGUUGUACCACCUGUCAAUGACUUACUUGAUAAUUUCCUGCAACCUCCAGCACAUCAGAACAACCUGGUCAAUGGAACUUCAUAUUUGCCAGUAGUCACAGCAUUCAAUAAAGAUGGGCUAUUAAUAGAGUUUAACUGCCAGCGAGCUAACAAUGAUGCCACAAAAACUGUGAUUAACAUGACCGCCACCAACUCAUCCCAAUUUCCCAUGCUAGACUUUGUCUUUCAGGCCGCAGUGCCAAAGUCAUUCCAGUUGAACCUUCAGUCACCAUCAGGUAACAGACUUUUACCCAACAAUGCAGGCCAUGUAACACAAGUUAUACAGCUCAAUAAUCCACAAAAGCAACCUAUAAGAAUGAGGUUAAGAAUUACAUAUACACAAAAUGGCAGGUCUAUAAAUGAGAUGGGUGAGGUCAGCACAUUCCCUUCUGAGUUGUGGCAAUAACAGGAUGUAGUAUUAAUUAGUCUUUUUGUUUUUUUGGCUGUGAGAUGUGGUUUUAUGAAUGAUGGCAAUGACUGAUGGAUAGCUUUUGAUUGGUUGAAUGCUGUAUUGCUUGAAUUGAAUUCUAAAAUUUACAAAGAUUAUUUUUUAAAAGUCACCAUUCUCUGUUUCAUUUAAUUGUAUACUAUUGUGGAUGUAUUUAGCAGGUCAAAAACAUUACUGUUAUAUAUAGUAAAUAUAGUUUGACUGGAUUUUCUUAACAGUUGUUUUGAAAAUCUGUAUGUAGAGUCUUAAAUCAUUUUCAUUUACUAACAAGAUGUAUUUAUCAAUCACUUUCCUAUUCAUCAUGGUAAACCCUGAAAGUUUGUUCAAACAAGUGGCAUUUAUACAUGGACUUGUGAUAUUUUAACCCACUUAGUUUUAAAACUCUUGUUCAUUGCCUUCUCUUUUUUUUUUUCUAAGGAACAUGAAGACUUCUGUGAGGAUUUUUUUUUUAUUGUAUUAAGGAGCAGAUUGUAGCAGUCAUUUUGGCAUUGGUGCUUCUUGUUACUAAGAAGAUAAUGACUGAUUUUUUUUUCCAUUCAGUGAUCACGACACACUUAUGCAAAAUGAGCUUUUUCAAACAAUUAAGAAAUAAAAAAUAAAAUACUUUCAAAUUGUGUGACUGAUACACAGCAUUGAGACUAGUUUUUACAUCAGAUGUAAGAUCUUAAUACAGCCCUCCGUUUAAUAUGAUAUACAUCAUUAGUCUCCGUGUUGGUGAGUGAAAGUAUUUAAAUUGUUUUUGUUUUUUCUUGACUUUAAGUGCUGCUCUGUAUACCAUUUGAAAUCAUUCCAUUCCUGGGAAUAUAAUGUUUACAAUUAUUAGUCCAUUUUUCUUUAGUUACAUCUAGUUAUUUAGUGGCUCCCUGGUUUGUGGUCUGGACAUCAUGGUGUGACCUGUGUGUAUGCUAGUUUCACAGUCUUAGGGCUGAACUGGUUGUGAGGAUAUUCCUGAAUUGUGUAUAGCCUGUACAUUUAACUUCUCAUUCUAAACCAUGCUUGUGUUUAAUACAAAUCAAAGAUUUUGUUUCUAGCUACUAAACAGCAAAGUGCUGCCACCAAGUGGUCCUCACAGAAUAUGUCAUUGUAUUGUUGUACUUGUCAAGUUAUUGUAAGUAAUGCCUAGGCAAAACAUUCUGUAAUGCAACUUAAAAGAUCUGGUUAAGACUGGCUGGCUGGUCUAAUGGCUUGGCUACAAAUAUUUAAAACCACUGUCCUGGUUUAACUUACUGCUGCUGUGGGGAAAAUUUUUUUUGUUGUCCUCACUGUGCCAGAAGCUGUAGCGCAGGAGCUGAAGUAGGCAAGUCUUAUUGUUGGAGCAAGUUGCUUGUCCAUACUUUAAGAUUCAAUGGAAAGAAAGUCACCAUCCUCACUGUGCCAGAAGCUGUAGCGCAGGAGCUGAAGUAGGCAAGUCUUAUUGUUGGAGCAAGUUGCUUGUCCAUACUUUAAGAUUCAAUGGAAAGAAAGUCACUUUCAAGCUACAACUCUUAACGUUAAUGAUUUGUGUUUUUAAAGUUAUGUUUUUAUUCAAGCCUUAGUCUACAUUAUUGUGUUACAAAUUGAAGCCAGUUGUGUGUGUGAAUUGAUAUUAACAAUGUGAUGAUAGUUUGUUGGACUGUGAUGAGGGUGUGCUUCAUAAGUCUUGUAAAUACAUUGGAUAUGAAAGCUGAGUCUGUUUUCUCUUUUUAGUUGUUGCUUUUUAAAAAGAUUUAUUUUCUUGUUAAAUUUGUGUCAUUAUAUCUGUGUUUUACUUACUCAUGGAAAUAGUUAUUGAAAUAAAUAAGGGGUAAUGUUAUGGUAUAUGCAAAAGUAUUUGACUGAAAGUCUCACGUACUCAAUAAAAUGGAUUAUAGAAGUUGUAAUCUAGUUGUGAACUUGUUUCAGUUUUCAAAAAAUGACUCCAUUAAGUUCAUAUAAAUAAGAGUGUAAAUGAAUAAGUUUGUUAAGAUACUUAUAAUAUAAAAUAGACUUUUUCUUACCUGUUUUCAUCUGAAAUCUGUAGGCCUGAGAUUCUCAUCUUAGUUUUGGUCAUACAUAGUACAGUAUUAUAUUAAUAUAUUGAUACAUUUGAGAUCCUCUUAACAUGGUGCUCUGAAAUGUAUACAGAAGAUAUUUAUUGAUGCACAUUUCCAGACAUCACGUGUGUUGGAUUUAUAGCUAGAGGGGACAUUUUUAAUAACAUAAUAUAUAAUACCUUAUCUUAAAGAAAAGAACAAUUGAAACAAAGUCAACAUUUAGUUACAAUGUGUGGACUAUACUAAUAAUUAAUCCGUCAACUUAGAAAAUAACUUUUAAUAAUAUAACUAUUGUAAAUAUCUUUAUAUAGUUCAAUCUUUAGGUAUAUACUAUACACAUUGGAUUUGAUAUUGGGAUUCUGGAUAUAGGUUUUUAGAGUAGUUGAUCCAUUUCAUUUUGAAUUUUGCUUAAAAUAUAGUUGGAUAAUAUAUUCUCUUCAUUCACCUGCUGAGCUAAGGAGGCUAAUCAAAGAGUAAUGAUUUCAACUGUUUCCCUUGAAAAGUGUUGUCCCAGUGAUAUGUUUAUUUUGUAAGAGUCUUAGUAGCAAGUCAAGUCACAAUUACAUUCCUAUUUAUUUAGCUUUAUCCAUUGUGUGAAGUAAUUCUCAUAGGAUUUACUUGCCUAUUUUUUGUUGUUGUGAUUGAUUUCAAAUGCUACUCAUACCAGCCACUUCAGCAGUGCUGCUUAACACACUACAUAUAUAGUGUUGGUCUGUGUAAUCUUGCAUGAACAAAUCUCCAGAUUACUUUCUAUAGUCAGAGUACUAAUUAAAAAAAAAGUUUUUAUUUUGUUUAAUUGGGAGAAACAAAAAUCCACUAUUGGAUUGUAUGGGUUCACAUAAUCCUUAUCUUCUAAUGCACAUACCUAUAUAUAUUUAUAACCCCUGCUCUAAAGUGGGUGGUUUAUGACAUUGACUAUUUAUAGAAAACCUGUUUCUGAAAUUUUGUUUCCAGAAAGCAGAAUGCAUUUUUUAAAUUUCUGAAUAUUUGUAUUGAAAAAAAUAAAUGACUUGUUCUUGUGUAUAGAAUGAAUUUUAUUUGAUUUGUUACUGUAAAAAAUGAGUGAAGUACCAUGUUGUUUGUCUGAACCUAAUGUCUCUGCAUCUUUUGACAUGUUUAUCUUAUUGAAUGUCAAGUCUGUUGCAAGUUUCCUGUACAUUCUAUAUUGUGUACAUUGAAGAUUGUUUUUUAAGCAUUCUUUGGUUUUAGUCUUGUUAUUAAAUCAAAUGUAAUCACUAGUUUAUGUGGGAAAAGUCUUAAAAACAUUUAGUGUGCAUCUCAUGACAACAUAGAAGGACAAUAAAAGAUAUUCAGAUUUCAGUGAUUCUCAAUUGUUAGAAAAGACAAACCAAUUUCACAAUAUUUUUGCUAGUUGAAAAUGUGUCCACUGUUCCAGUGAUCUUUUUUUUCCCCUACUUACGGGCAAUCAAUUCUCCCAAGUUGUAUGUCUGUUUUUGAACAGGUCAGUUUCAGAGUUUUGUGGAUGCCAUUGAAAUAUUGUCUUCACAGCAUCAUUUAAUAUACAUAUACAAUAUGGAAUAAAACAAAUAAGCUUAA